GUUAUUCACUUCCAUGCAUCAGGCGACUCUUACCAAACGAAAUGGCCUCGCAUGCGUUAGCACAAAUGCUCGAUGAGCUGAUGGGUCGCGACAGGAACCUAGCUCCAACAGAAAAGCGCGACCAAGUUCAUUGGAACGACCCCGAAGUAUGCAAGCAUUUCCUUGUUGAAUUUUGUCCACAUGAACUUUUCACCAACACAAGAGCAGACUUGGGUCCGUGUACGAAGCUGCAUGAUGAAGCGUUUAGAAAAGAGUACAAUAAAAGUUCCAAGUCGGGUAAGAUGGGAUAUGAAGAUGACUUUCUGCGUUUCUUGCAAGGUUUAAUAUCCGAUGUAGAAAAGAGAAUUCGUAGAGGACAUCAGAGACUGGCCUUGAAUAAUUCCCAAGGGAGUCUGAGUAGCAAUUUAAAUUCUUUGAAAGAUGACAAAAUAAAGAUGCUGACGGAAAGGAUUGCUGAUCUUGUACAACAGGCUGAAGAAUUGGGAUGUGAAGGAAAAGUGGAAGAAGCUCAGGGCAUGAUGAAGCUUUGCGAUCAGCUGGAAGAAGAGAGAAGAGAAUUGGAGAGUAGCAAGCUUUCACAACAAUCCAAUGAGCCUGAGAAGACGAUGGAAGUGUGUCAGGUCUGUGGGGCCCUGCUGGUGGUGGGAGAUGUGCAGCAGAGGAUCGACGAACACUUAAUGGGGAAGCAGCAUGCUGGGUAUGCCCGGAUCAGGGCUUAUGUGGAGGACUGGAAACAGAAAAAGAAUCAAACAGAUGAAGAAAGAGAGGCUAGGUUGAAAAAGGAAAGAGAAGAAAGGGAGAAAGAAAGGGAAAAGGAAAGAGAAGAAAGGCGACAAAGAGAGAAGGAAAGGGAAAAGGAAAGAGAGGAACGGGAAAAAGAAAGGGAAGAACGGGAAAAGAGGAGACGUGAGGAAAGGGAAAAGGAAAGGGAGCGGGAAAAGGAUCGCUCCAAACGUCGAAGGUCCAGGAGUAGAGACAGACAUCGGAGGUCAAGAAGCCGUGGUCGAAGAUCUCGAAGCAAAUCACGGGACCGUCACCGUUCCCAUCGUAGAAGGUCUAGAUCCUCUUCCCGAUCUCGAACAAGAGAUCGUGACUCAAGACGUCGAAGCAGGAGUAAAGAAAGGAGUAAGGAUAAAAGAUCUCGAAGCAGGGAUAGACGUUCUCGGAGUAAGAGGUCCAGAAGUCGUGAUAGGUCUAGCGACAGAAAAUCCAGUGAUAAAAGAGAGAGGUCGUCUGACAGAAAAUCAAAGGAAAAAGAAAGUGAAAGUAGAAAUGAAGACAAAAACAAAGGAAAUGAUAGAGACAAAGCUUUGCCUGAAGCAAAUGAAGAGACUGAGGGUUUAAGUGAAAAUGCCAAUAAAGAGAAUGAUGCAACCAAUGACAUGGAGGUCCAGAGCAACUAGAAAUUGAGGUGACAAAAUCUGUGUCAUUUGACACCUGAACAGGUAAGUGCCAGUCGCGUUGGAACUCUUCUUAUCUUCCUUUCAGGUCCCAGGUAAGAGCCCCACCCCAGCCCUCUUAUCAGAUAGAUAAUAUUCAUCAUUUUAUAGAUAAAUUGAAAUUUUAGACAGAUAGUUAUUCUUUCCAAGAGGAGAAUAUGUGAGUAGUGAAUAAGUAAAAUCUUAAAAUUUGAGAUCAGUUAUUCCUGUCCUUUAUGUAAUUGAUUUGUAAUGGAGUUGUGUCAUAUAAGGUUGUGAUGUUGGGAGUUCUAGACUGUGUACAUAACUAACCAGUGUCUUUCUCAUUGAGACUAAGAGUGUUAAGUGUAAUGUCACCAAAGCAGGGAGCCUCGUGCUUACAAACUAGGAUGACCAAAUCUGGACAAGACAUGAUUUUUAGACACAAUGAUAUAGAUACAGGUGAGAGUUACAAGCAUUUAAUGGUAAAUUCAGGUGUAAUGUAGAGUAAAAAUUGUCCUAAUGUGUUUGAUUCAUUACAUAUAUAUUCAUUUUUUUAAUGUUAUUUUAAAAAUGUACAAGUAUCCAGUAGUGUCAAGAUCAGAAAGCAUAAAUAUUCCAGAAUUAAACAGGUGAGUUUUAAGAUUUCAGUCAUUUCAGUUACACGGAGGAAAACAAAUCAAGGGGCACAGAUAUGAUGAUAAAAAUGAGGUAUUCAGAUUGUUGUGUCCAGCAGUUUCUUCAGUUACUGUCACGUCCAACACUUUCUUCAGUAAAGUUGUUUGAAUGAUAUUUUAAAUUUGCAUGAAACUUAUUCAUGUUCCGACUUAUCAACGUAGGGGGAAAAACUGGCUUCUUAUAGCUGGUUUGGGCACAGGAGUCAUUUGAUAUUGUGCAAUAGAAAAUUAAAGGUUAGUGGAAAAUGGUUUUAAAUGAUCCCUCCAAGAAAAUGAGUUCACACAAAAAAACUGAGGUUAGUGAAGGUCUUCCUCUGACGACAGUGGUACGGAAAUGUGUGAGAGAUAUCGCAUGUCCAAGAAAAUGCAAGGUUAGUGGCAUCUGGAUGUCAAUGUCACUCGAAAACAAUUUACAUAAAAGAUGAUGCUUCUGUUUUCAGUUUCCUAGAAACCUUUGCGAAAAUAGCUUCAUGGUUGUGUAGAAGCUUGGAUUGACUAUACUGUCAGUGAUACUUAAAAACAUCUUGAUACAUUGCCAGGUAUGCCUGUAAUGAAAGGGACACAGUGUUGGGAGAAAAAAAUGGGUUACUUAAAAAUCCUUAUCAUUAUAUUACCUAUAACUUUGUGUUUCAAGUAUCAGAAAAGGAAAAACAAAAGGAUGGACAUUUUUAAUUUUUAAAAAAACAGCAACUUUUGAUGAUUUUUCACAAGACUAAAAUGAAAGCAAUUAUUGACGAUGAGAAGGAAAUGUUUAAUAGAUAUGAUUUUCCUAGCUUAUUUGUGGUGAAUUAAUGGAAAAUCUUUCUAGUUAUGAAUUUAGUGUGUUCCUGCAUGGAAGAAAUCCGAAAUUCUGCGUAUGUUAACUUUGAGUAUUUCUAUGGAAAAAAAAAGAAGAAAGAAAGUUGAAAAUAGGUUAUUUUUAAAAAUGGUUCAUUGUUGCAUCAUCCAUCUUGUUGAGUCUGACCUCGUUACAUGAGGGUGCCAUGAUGAUUAGAUUUAAUGAUCUGUGCUUAUUCCAGUCAACUGUCAUUGUGAUAUUUGUUUUGAAAUUCUUUUCUGCUCUGUUUUACAGAUAAAAAUGAAGAGCAAUGAUCAAUGUUGUGGUGAGGAUGAUGCACUGAAAAAACUGUUUGAGAGGAUUCUCUACGGAUGUUGGGAAUACAUGGAUUCAUUUGUUUUAUAUACAUUUGAUUGUUUGUUUUGGAAUAAAGUUUGUACUAAAACAUUCACAAA